GGUAGUCAUAGACUGCAAAGGAUUUCCAACCAAGUAUUAAACAUGACAAUUUAUUUAUGAUUAUGUUAGUUUGUCCAGUCAUAAUUAAUAGUGGUAAUUAUUAUCUUGCGUACUUUUAUUUUUAAAUAUUAGACUGCAACCGGAAGUCAAUACCGUCACUGGGGUAGUUUCACACUAAUGGCGCAGCAGGAGGGCUGUUUAGCUAGCUGGGGUAUAUGUGAUGGUAAUGUUAUGUUUAAGAAAGGUUAAUUUCUCAACAGAAAUUUCAGUUAAAAUGACAUUUUCUGAUGAUUCUGCUGAGAAGAACAGAUUUUCUGGCACCGCUGUGUUGUAGAGAGACGGAUACGGAUUUAGCUUUAGCUCCGCUUAGCUAGGAUUAGCUAGGAGGCUAGUCUGUUUACUUGUAAGUAUAGCAGCUCAGCAUAGUGACUAGGUAGACAGCUAGUUUCAGCUUGCAGCUGGUGCCCACAGAGGACGAUUUAUAGUAAACGAAAUGUCUAAAGGUCGAAAACGCUCGAAAGCAAAAGCAAAAGCAGCUAAAGCGGCAGCAAAAGCAGCUGUAUUUGGAAUGCCUCUGGGACCAAGGCCUCCGCCUCCCGGUGGAUUUUGUGGUGUUGGUCCGCCACUUCCAGUGCCCGGACCAGUGAUGCCUGGAGAUCACUUUCCUAUGGGCCAGCCCGACUUUGGACCACCAAUGAUGGAGGAUGGGCCAUUUAUAAAUGAGCCCCCCGACUUUAUCGUAAGAGAUCGGUAUGUGCAUAGACCAGGGUUCCACCCGCAAGAGUUUGAAAUGCACCCGCGCUUCCUCCAUCCAGAUUUGGAGGACGGACCACGAGGCUUUCACCCAGACCCAUAUGAAGGACGAACUGGUUUUCACCCAGUAGAGUUUGAAGGCGGACCAUCAGGGUUUGUCCCACGUGAGUUUAGGGAUGAACCAUCAGGGUUUGUCCCACGUGAGUUUAGGGAUGAGCCAUCAGGGUUUGUCCCACGUGAGUUUAGGGAUGAGCCAUCAGGGUUUGUCCCACGUGAGUUUAGGGAUGAACCAUCAAGGUUUGUCCCACCUGAGUUUAGGGAUGGACCAUCAGGGUUUGUCCCACCUGAGUUUAGGGAUGGACCAUCAGGGUUUGUCCCACCUGAGUUUAGGGAUAGACCAUUAGGAUUUGUCCCACCUGAGUUUAGGGAUGAACCUUCAGGGUUUGUCCCACGUGAGUUUAGGGAUGGACCACGAGGGUUUGUUUCACCGGAGUUUAGGGAUGGAUCAUCAAGGUUUGUCCCGCAGGCAAGAAUCCCGCCAUCACAGUUUGAGGAUGGACCAGGUUAUCCAGUGAUGAACCCUGGACGUGGCCUAAUAAAUGCAAUGGACCCAGAUUAUAUGCAACCACAGGAUGUACAUGGCAAUGCUCCCCCUAGGGCUCCCUGCCCACCUCACAGAACUCAUCAGGCAACUCAACAAUCCAGUGGUCUUGGUGAUAAUGAAAAUAGUAAAAAUUCCACCACCACUACAACAGCAGCAUCCACUUCAAAGAAAGAAAUAUCUGUUGUCAAGAGCAUGUUGGGAUCAGUCAAACCUCCACCUGGACGAUCUAUGGGAGUCAUCACAUUUAUUGCUAACAGCUAUGGGUUCAUUGAACGAGAGGAUCAGAAAAAAUAUUCUUUCUCAUUUGAUGCCUUUUUUGGAAAACGAAACCAUUUGGUACCUGGGGUUAAAGUACAUUUUACGGCAGUCAAAGAACUGGGAAAAGAAUGUGCCACUGAUGUGAAGGUUGCACCAGGAGGGACAGAGGAGAUUGAACCCACAGUCUAUGAAGGUGUGGUGACUGCAGUGCUGCCUGAUACUUAUGUGUUGGAACCUCAUCCGGGCCGCAUAAGAACCAUUCUCACUACUGAACCUGUAAAACUGCCCUUUGGAAAGAUGGAUUCUAAAGUCACCCUUCUACUGUUUGACCGAGUGAAAUUUCAGCUGCUCACAGAUAUUAUUACUAAGGUCCGCAGAGCAACGAAUAUCACACCACAAAUGCCAGAAACUUUUCAGCUCACCAAGGAAAUCAGGGAAAAGGGUGUCAUAAUGAACAUCAAGGAUGAUACCUUUACUAUCAUGUCAAAGAAACAUGAAAACCUCACUGCCUCCCUCAAUGAGUAUAUAUCAGAUGAUCAACUAGCAGUCAUGGAUGAGGUGGAUUUCACAGUUGUAAGUGUAAAAGACAGUUUUAAGGCCAUCAGAUUAAAGAAGCUUCCUGAGGGUUCAGUGGAGUUUGAUUCACAAACAAAAAAAGUUACUGACACCUCUGCAGGCGAAUCAGUGUUGAAAUCACUGACCUCCAAGGAAGCAGCUGUUGAUGAAGACAUAAGCAGUGAGAAAUAUGAGGGAACCGUUUCACAAAUCAUCCCCAAAAGUUCUAAAAAGGAGAUGGGGCAACAGCUGCCACGGGGCCUUGUGGACACUACAGUGGCUGGUACACAGAAAAGUUUACCAUUUGGUUCGGGUGAUGUGAUCACACAGGCCACCAUGAUGGUCGGCGACAAGGUCCAGUUCAACAUUGUCACCAAACAGCAGACCAAGGAGGAGCGUGCUGUCAACAUUGAGAUUCAACCAGAAACCUUUCAACUAGAAUCGACAGAGCAACGCAAGAUAGGCAUUGUCGUAAAAUUGAAUGCUAAUUCUGGGUUCAUCAAGGCUCCGCAGGACCCACAGCUGUUUUUUGACCUGUCUGAAGUCAUGGAUGACGCCAAGCUCACUUUGUCAGAGAAAGUUGAGUUUACACUAGCAAUGGGUGUUGAAGGGACUGCAGAAGGUAAACGAGCUAUUAGAAUCAGAAGGCUAACGGAGAGUGUCUUCACAUCGGUGCCAAAAAUAGAAGAGAAGAAAGAGAAGAAGAAAAUGACAAUCAAAUUGCUGAAAGACCCGAAAGAGCACAUCAGGAACCAGGUCAAAACAGAGGCCAAAGAUUGUGAUUUACUGGCUGCAGAGAAACUGGGCAGGGAAAAGGUGGAGGCCUCAAAAGCUCCAAAGCAGGACAAUAAAGGCAAACAGGAAAACCCUAUAAAGGGUAGUAGAGAGCGUAGCAGAAGCCGAGAAAUCAACCGACGCAGGUGCAGUCGAAGCAGUAGCCGCAGCCGGGAUAGGAGUGGCAGCUACUAUGGCAAGCACAGAAGCUCCAGUCGUGACAGGAGUUACCGAAGUUACAGACGGAGCCGCAGUCGCAGUAGAGAUCGCUCACGCAGAUACAGGCGUAGUUAUAGCCACAGCCGUAGCCGCAGUAGAAGCAGGGAAAGGAGCAGUCGGAGUGGCAAAAAGAGAAGUCACAGCCCAGAAUACACGGAUGAACAUCGCAGAGGACAGAGCAACAGUAAAGAAUGCAGCAGCAAGAGACGAAGCAGAAGCCCUGAUGGCCAAAACAAGACAUCAAAAUAUGCACCCAGCUCCUUUGAUUAUACAAACUUACCAUCCACUGAAGCUGUAAAUGAGGAAUUAGCAAAGAAGAGGAAAGAGUUAUUGGAGCUUAAUGAGUUAAUAGCACGUAAAAAAGCAAUAAUUGCGAUGGAACAAAACGCCAAAACACCAAGUCAGUUUAAAGAUGCACUUGAAAUGGAUAGACAACAUGGAAUUGCUACAUUUGAUUAUCAGCACAAAACCUGUCUAGAGAACUCAUGGACCCCUGACAUGAAGCCAGUCAGGUCCAUUUUAAAGAAGCAGUCUGAAUCUCUCACCAGUCCCCAACAUCAGAAAAGUGAAAGAAGUGAGAGUCCAGAAGAGCCAGUGGGAUGCCCAAAAACCAACACUUCCAGUAUAUACACAUCUGCUGGCUCAGUCCCUGUAUGGAUUAAACAAAGUUCUACACCUGAGAUUGAAGAUCAGGAAUUAGCAAGGAAAAAGAGACAGUUAGAGGAACUAAGUGAAUGUAUUGCACGUAAAAGAGCAAUUAUGGCCAUGGAACAAAAGGCUAAAGCCCUUUGCGAUGGGUCUGAAAUCAAAAAGAAAUAUGAUUUUGCUUCAUGCUCAGAUGACCUGGACAUAACAGUGACAAAUAAGAACACCUGGCAACUUGACAUAAAACCUGAUCUUCAGCCGAAGAAGUCCAUUCUGAAGAAACGGUCAGAAUCAGCUACUGACCAGCCACAGAAGGAUUUGGCUACAGCUGGUCAGUAUGCUCAUUUUCCAAUGUCUGAACAACCUAAAGAUGAUCACUCAGCUUUCCUCAAUCCCUCUGGGCCUUCAGAUACUGCAUUUAAAAAACCCUGUAAUCCACCAUCAGUGCUCUCUAAUACUGUUGAUUUUUUCAAGAAACUGAUUAAUGAAGCCUCUACCAGUUCAUGUACGAGCAAUAACAAGGCAAUUAGUCAACAGUCAUUUCAGCAAAGUUCUGGAUUAUUUUAUGACCAAAAAAGUACCAGAGAGACCAAAGACGAGAGUUAUUCUACAUCGCCUUCCCAGAUAUCCCAGUUUUCUCAUCAGGAUUGUGACCAGGCAUCCACAAGUGAGGACUCUUCAACCCAGUCUUCAGCUUCAAAGCAAAAGAGUAAUCUUGCAACACAAAUGGAACGGUUUCUUGGUGCUUUAAAUAAAGCAGAUUCAAAUUUAUUGUCCUCAUUGUUGAGAGAUGCUAGAAAAGAUUCUGAUACACUGGAGAAUCAGAGGAUCCCACAAGAGCAGGCAGAAAGAAAAGUGUCUUGUGGUGAAGAAUUGUAUGAUCCUUUCAAAGAAACAGACUGCAAUGAAGACAACUAUCCCUUAAUGGGGAGCAAACAGAAUAUGAGUCGCAUGUUGGGACGAAUUGAAACCACCCAAGAUGAUCUAUUACCACAUGAAAGAGCUGUGGUAGAUGGCAGUGGCUUUUCCAAAAUUGUUGGAAUGAAAUAUGGCAUUGAAGCGAAGCCUGAGAAUCGGUUCCUUUAUGGAGAGGCAGUACCUUCUAGUAGUCAAAGCAGACUUUUAGAAGAGCAUGAAAAAUUUUUGAAAGAGUGUGAUAAAUUUAAACUGUCACAAGACUGUUACAGUGAUGAGUUAUAUUUUGAGGACUCAUAUGGAGAGGACGGAGAGAGAUGCAAAAGACAAAAACCAUCUGAAAGGUACAGAGUAGAAGGCAGGCUUAGCCCAGUGCACCAGAAAUCAGAGGAUGCCAAUGAAGAUGUGGAAAAAGCAAGCCAGUAUAAAAAAAUUCAGGAUCUACUGCAAACCAUUGGUCUUAAUUUAGACACAACAGAAGUUAGCAAGUUAGCUGAUAGGACAAAAGAGCGCCUGUAUGGUAAGAAGGUCAAACCCCAGAGGUCUCAUUCUUCUGAUCAAAAAGAUGAAAAAUCAAUAAGUAGGUAUGAUCGCCGAGGUAGUAGUCAUUCCACUGAUUCUGAGGGUGUCAAUUCUGUAUCUCCUGCUAAAACCUCUAAUCGUGAGGUUUACAUGAGCUAUUUGGACUCUAUUAAGUACCGCCACGAGGAAGUCGGAGUCGAGGAGCGGGACUUAUUUAGCCUUAAAAGGACUAUUAGGAACAGUCCAGAAGCAAAACAAAUGACAUCAGAUCCAUACAAAACUGAACCACAAGAAGUCACACAUGAUUCCUACAAACCAGCAGCAGAAGCUUUCUCGUUAGCUCAGUCUGUUGGUUUGGCGUAUACUCAAACAUCCAGUGAAUUCUCCUCAGCUGCACACCACCUUAAAAACAAGCAAGAUUCCCAGGAGUAUAGUUAUGCUAUAGAUGGGGAACAAAAUCCCUAUGGGUCAAUUUCUCUAAAUUCACUGCAUUAUGCUACUGGUUAUCCAACAACACACUCUCAUUUAACAUCUGGCUAUGAAGAUUAUACGGCAUCUGCCAGGCCUUCGUCCAUGAUGCCACCAAGCCCUGCCCAGUUCUAUCCAAUUCUCUCUACUUUUACAACACCAGGAUGUUUUGGUCCUUCUCCAACUCCUCCUUAUCCACCAACUUCAGGUCAGUUUGGCUUUGCCAUGCAGCCUGGCAGCUCUGGUUAUGCCACCCAGCAGACUAAGACAAAGCCUACUGCACACAACAGGUGUCUCAAAACAAUAGAAACAGUACAAACUCAGAAGUCUGUUAGUGUAAAGCCUUUUGCAGCCAAAGAAGUACGUACUGUCAUUAGCAUACAAACACAAAAAGAGCUUAUAGAUACGGAAGGCGAAGCUGAAUCCCAAACGGUAUCCAUGAUGGAAGAUGACAUCAAAGCUAAACAGAAAAAAAGGCUGGAGCAGUUUAAUCAGAGAAUGAGACUGAAGAAGGAACAGCAAAUGGAAGCCCAGCGAACACGAGGACUAAGCCAGAAAUCAGCACCAGGAAGAGUUUUGCGAACAGAAGUAAAGAAUGUGUGGAUAUGUGGCCACUCCCUUGUGUUCUGGGCUGAGAAGCGAGCCACAUCUCCUGAAAUAGGUAUGCAGCUUGGUAUGGACCCCAACAGUGUACGCAUAUGGUGGAAGGGUGUGCAGGGCAUGACAUGGCAACAGCUUCUGCCCCAGCUGCUCCAACUGAAGGACAACUGGCCCAACCCGGACGUGAUUCUUAUGCAUCUUGGGGGAAACGAUAUUGGCAAGAUGACCCCAGAGGCCUUUGUUUUAGCAGUGAAGAAAGACCUGAUUUCAUUGAAGAGCAUUUUUCCUCAGUGCCGCCUGGUUUGGUCAGACAUCCUGCCACGCAAGUCCUGGAGGCACUCAAAUGACAGCACAGCAGUGAACAACAUGCGACAGGCGAUCAACAAAACAAUCCGUGGUAUUAUGGCAGAGCUUGGGGGUUUUUCAUUGACUCAUGACAACAUAGUGCCUAGACUGGACUCUGGCCUAUACAGACCAGAUGGGGUUCACCUCUCUGGUAAAGGGAUUGACACUUUUAAUUUAAACAUGCAAGACUUUCUUGAGAAGUGGGAAAGUGAGAUAAGUGAGACAGAGACUUCUGAAAGCUAAAAUGACUUUUCAGGUUAUUAACAUCUUAAUACUGUUUUUCUUUCAGUAUCUCUUUUAUACUGUGAAACUAUUCAUGGGAAUAGGAAUGGGAAUUCAUUCUUGUAUCCCUUUUAAUGUUAGAGUUAUGCUUAUCAUAGUCUGAAUGCAACUGCAUGUAUUAUUAAAGGAGUUUAAAAAACUAUUUGUUAAUUCUCUAUUAUCUGUUAAUAUUUACUCUUAUUUCUGUAAUUAUAUGUAGAUUUAGUUUUUUUUUAUUGGUUGUUGAACAAUGUGAAUACAGAAAAAAUAAAAGACAAUACUUGACUCAAUGCUGUCUGUUUAUUAAGUGUUCUGAGUUUCUUUCUUUCUUUCUGUCUUUCUUUCUUUCUUUCUGUCUUUCUUUUUUAAACAAACUUUUAGAUAACCUAGUUGUGCCUUUGGUAGACAGAACUCUUUUGGUCACAUUUUUCUGUAGUAUGUAUAGCAGUUGUAUAUAUAUACAAUCAAUUUUGCUUGUUUGUCAUGUAGUAAGUGCAAAAUUCUUUUUUUGUUGUACACAUUUUGUACAAAUUUUUGUACUAAAUUUCCUAACAAUGUAUUUGUGUGCGUCUGUUCAAAAUAUGUGAUGUGUGCAAUGCCUUCUCUAGGAGUCACUAUAAUAAAAUUAUGGUUGUAACUGUCA